AUGAUUUUUGAAUCUAAGCAUCCUGAGAUAAAAAUUCCUCAAACUGGAAUCUAUCAAUAUAUGACUAGUAAUCCACAACAAAUUCCAGAUGACAAGGUCAUUUUCGUGGAUGGAAUUACUGGGAAGAGUUGCACUUAUGGCGAAUUUAAAUAUGACUCGAAAAGGUUUGCUGCUGGAUUACAAGAUAAGUUGGGAUUUCAAAAUGGAGAUUAUGAUUAUCCAAUUGUGCUCUUGGGAACAAUCGCUGCCGGUGGCAAAGUAACAACUGCUAACCCAAAAUAUAAAGUAGUUGAAUUUUUGCAUCAAUUAAGCGAUUCAGGAGCUUCGGUUCUGAUCGCUCAUCCUGAAUUUCUUGAUGCUGCAGCUGAAGCUUCAAUCAGUGCAGGAAUUCCCCCCACCAAUGUAUUGUUAUUCGGUGAAGAAGAA